AUGUGGACAGACAGUGAACCAGGGAGCGGCUGUCUGCUUGCAGCGUGGGUGUCGCUGAGCGUGCAGAGCGGCUGGCGGCAGCUGUGGGCGCUGCGGGCGCCCGCGGGCUCGGUGUCCUGCCUGGAGGCGCUGCGGCUGCUCAGCACGCUGUGGGUGGUGACGCUGCACAAGAUGAUCAUCGAGGCGCAGCAGCCGGCCGCCAACAAGACCGCCGCCGCGAAGUUUGUGGAGGACAUCGUGGUGACGCCGAUCAUGAACGGGAUAUCGUCGGUGGACACGUUCCUGAUGAUCAGCGGCUUCCUGCGCUGCCGGAACAUGCUCAAGGAGCUGGACGAGGGACGGUUCAGCUACUGGCGCUCCCUGCUGCAGAGGCUCAUCAGGCUGGUGCCGGCGUACGUGGCGGUGGUGGCGGUGUACGCGACGCUGCUGGAGCGCGCGGGGGCGGGCCCCCUGUGGCGGCAGACCAUGGGGCCGCAGGCGGACUGGUGCCGCCGCCACUGGUACCUCAACCUGCUCUUCCUCAACAACUACGUCGCCACCGAGGAGAUCUGCGUGGCGCAGUCGUGGUACCUGUCGGCGGACAUGCAGCUGUUCGUGGCGGCGCCGCUGCUCGUGUGGCCCCUCCACUGGUGGCGCAGGGCGGGCCCGGCGCUGCUGGCCGCCCUCCUCCUCCUCUCCGUGGCGCUGCCCGCCGCCACCACUCUGCUGCUGUGCGACUGCCCCGCGCUCAUCGGGCUCGCCACCAGCGACGAUGCGUCCCUGCGGUACGCACGGUACGUUUACUUCCCCACGCACAACAGAAUGGCGCCAUACCUGGUGGGAAUCGGGCUCGCCUACGUCAUGCACAGGGGAUACUUCACCAAAAUCAACAAGACGGCGUCGCUGGUGUGCUGGGCGGCUAGCCUGGGCACGCUGGGUGCGGUGGUGCUGGGCCCGCGCCGCAUGCUGUCGGCCAGCUUCCGGCUCGAGUCGGCGCUGCCCGAGGUGGUCGCCUACGCCGGGCUGCACAGUAUUAAGUGUUUUCAGAUCAGUGUAGCAAAUAUUCUAGGUCUUUAUGGUACUAAAUGGUGGAUCGGCACGGCGCUGGAGGCUCCGGUGCUGCGGCCGUGGUCGCGCCUCUGCUACUCGGUGUACCUGACCCACCUGGCAGUGCUGCUGGUGCAGCAGGGAUCCAUGCGUGUCGCGCCAGCGCUGGACAAGGCCGCCUUCGUGCACGGCCUGGUGGGGGACCUGGCGGCGUCGGCGCUGGUGUCGGCGGCGCUCUACCUGCUGCUGGAGGCGCCCUGCCUCGGCCUGGGCCGCGCGCUGCUGCGACGCCUCGGGCGACGCCCUGCAGCGCCGCGGCGCCCCAGCCAGCCCGCCACCUGCGUCACGGCCGCCUGA